UACGUUGCACAACUUGCUGUACUGUAAGACGAUGAAAUGCAGGCAAAAGACUUUGCUCUCUGCUUUUCCCACUUGAGGAAAGUCCUGUGCCGUUUGAAUCACACAGUUGGUCCAAGAUGAAGGUUGAAUUUGCUCCUCUCUCUAUUCCUUUAGAGAGAAGGCUUCAGACUGCUUCAGUAGUUCAUUGGGUCUUCAGUUUCCUGGGACUAGCACAGUGCUGCAUAGUUUUCUUCAUCGGCCUCUUCUUCACUCGCUUUUGGCUGGUCAGUGUCCUGUAUGCAACGUGGUGGCUUCUGGACUGGGACACGCCAAGCAAAGGUGGGCGACGGAGUCACUGCAUCAGGAACAGCGUCAUCUGGAGACACAUGAGGAACUAUUUCCCCGUCACCCUGGUGAAAACGGCGGAGCUGGAUCCAAGUAAGAACUACGUGGUCGGCUUCCAUCCCCACGGGGUCCUGGUGGCCGGUGCCUUCCUCAAUUUCUGCACCGAGGCAACGGGGUUUUCGCAGCUGUUCCCGGGGUUGACCCCUCACAUGAUGAUGCUGACACUCUGGUUCAGAGUCCCCUUCUUCAGAGACUACCUGCUAAGCGGAGGCCUCGUCCCGUCCGACAAAGACAGUGCUUCGUACGUGCUGAGGAGGUGGGGAGGCGGGAACGUGCUGGCCAUAGCCGUGGGAGGGGCCCAGGAGGCCCUGGACGCACGGCCCGGAGCCUUCACCCUACUGCUGAAAAAGCGCAAGGGGUUCGUUCGACUGGCCAUGGAGCACGGGGCUCCACUUGUCCCCGUGUUUUCCUUUGGAGAGAACGAGCUCUUUGACCAGGUCAACAACCCAAAGGGCUCCUGGCUGAGGCGGACGCAGCACCGUCUUCAGCAACUCAUGGGCAUCUCCCUCCCCCUGUUCCACGCCCGGGGCAUGUUCCAGUACAGCUUCGGGCUGCUCCCGUAUCGACGGCCCAUCUUCACCGUGGUUGGGAAGCCAAUUAAGGUGGAGAAGAAGCACAACCCAUCCCAAGAAGAAGUCGAUCGAUUACAUCAGACGUACAUUGAGGAACUGUGCAAACUCUUUGAGGAGCAUAAAACUAAAUACAAUGUCCCAGAGGACAGGCAUCUUGAAUUUAUAUAAACCAGGCCGUCCCAUUUGUUGAUACUGGGGAUGGGCCCGAAAAUUCAGCUCCACAUUUCUCCCCCAUCUGGAGCGUUCAGAACCUAAGUUUUGGAUUCAGCCCUCUAUAAAGCUAGGGGCCAGCUACAGAUUUGGGGUCUGUUUCCUCAACGUCUGUGUGUGUUUUGAUCCGGAGUUUGAAUUUAGGCCUCUAAAUACACUAGUGCUGUAUGGUACUUUCUGCAGUUUCCCACGCUUUCUAAUGUCAUGAUCACUUGGUAAGAGACUGUCAAAUAAAAAUCCCAGCAAUAUUAAAAUUCCCCUUUUGUAAAACUCCUAUUUCCAAUUCAGCCUUAAGAAUGACAUCACCUUUAUUAAAUCACCCUGCUAUUUCCAGACAGUGACGAACUAGUAAGACCCUCCCUGGCACGUAACUCUAGAUGGGUGUUGUUUUCACAGGUUACCCAUGAAAACAUUCAGGCUCAAAGAAGCAGAGGUCAUUGCCCUCAGCCUCCAUAUGGGCUAUUGAGCCUUUCACCACUAGGUCGCCUUUUUGGCUUCAAGAGAGGUUAUGUCUGCACUGCAAUCAGAAAGGGCAAUUGCAACACCCGUGCACAUACCCAACUUGGCUUUGAUCUAGCUAGCAGGAUAACUGCUACGGAGGAAGAAUAGCAGUUACGCUGCAGGAGCAGCGGUAGCUCCAAAGGCCCGGACCCUGAGUGGCCUUUGCCCAGACAUGUCUACAUGUGCUGCAGUCACACCUCCUGACUGCCAUGUAGACAUACCCAGAGUUAUUCAACAUUCAGACCAAGGCAACCGAUAGGAACAUCUGUCCCAAGGGAUAGCUCAAAUCAGUCACCAAUGAGCUGAGAACAGGCACUGAAAAAAGAAUGUUUAUUC